AUGCUGAAAACAUUUAUUCUGAGUUUGGAAGAUCCCGAAAAACCACUUUUCGGACCUAACUUUUGGCUCCUUAAGAAAGGCGGGUUUAUUCUACCCCAAAAUACUAAAGCGAAAAUAGCUUACAUCAUUCUUCAUGAGCUGGUUACAUUAUUUGUGAUCACCCAGUACAUAGAACUAAUAGUUAUAAGGUCAGACUUCAAUCUCGUGCUAACAAAUCUAAAGAUUUCAAUGCUAAGUAUAGUCUGCAUUGUUAAAUCUAACGCAUUUUUACUGUCCCAAGAGAAAUGGAAGGAGGUAAUCAACUAUGUAACAGAUGCUGACAUAUGGGAGAGAAACACGAGGGAUGCUAUCAAGGGCAGAAUCAUUAAUAAGUACACGAGUCACUGUCGGAAACUCCUAAACUUUUAUUGGACCCUGGUCUUGAUAACUGAAGUAACUGUGUGUGGAUCCCCGUUAAUCAAAUACGCGUCUUCUGCGUCUUAUAGAGAAGAAUUACGCAACGGGACAGAACUGUUUCCCCAUAUAUUCAGUUCGUGGAUGCCGUUCGAUAAAUAUCACUCUCCUGGUUCCUGGAUCACGGUGGUCUGUCAUAUCUUCUUCUGUACCCUUGGAGCUCUGAUAAUGGCAUGUUUCGACACUUGUAUCCUAGUGAUUCUAAACUUCUUCGGAGGGAAACUCGAUUUGCUGAAGGAGAGGUGUAAACAAAUUUUUGAUGACGGUGUUACUGACGACGAUAUUCUUAAUCGAAUAAAGAAAAUACAAGAAGAUCACGUUUUAUUGAUGAAAUAUUCUAGAAUGUUCGACUCCCUCUUGUCUCCUGUGAUGUUCUUCUACGUAGUUAUUUGUUCUCUGAUGCUGUGUGUAAGCGCAUUCGAAUUAACGUCGGCACAAAACACAACACAACUCCUGCUUACCGCAGAAUAUCUUAUAUUUGGCGUGGCGCAGCUUUUCAUGUUUUGUUGGCAUAGUAAUGAUGUACUCAUCAAAAGUUCUAACGUAUGCAUUGGACCAUAUGAAAGUAAGUGGUAUAACGCGAAUCAAAAGCAAAGAAAAUGCAUCCUGGCUUUAGCGGGCCAACUGAGAAUUGUCCACGUUUUCAGGGCUGGACCAUUUACGGAUUUAACCCUCAACACCUUUAUCGCGGGGAAACGGGAAUUAAUGAUUGUCCCUAAAAACAGCACACCCCAGAGAGGCAGUUCUGUAAAGAAGCAGACAGUUUCUGCUAGUGCCAGCAGUUUGCAAAUUUGUCAGAACUUUUCUUUAGUUCCGGAACCGUGGCUGCCGUUUGAAGGAAGUAGUGCUAUGGAAAACCCGAAUUCUCCCGAACGAACGCCACCAAUACAAUAUGUGCGUGGUUCAAGAGCUUUUCGUCAAUUUAAAAAUCCACCACAACCUCAUAUGUGUAUACAGGAUAUGAUAAAGGAUUCAACUGAAAAAUUGUUCAUUAACGUGCUGGGAUGGCAGAAGAUAGCCAAUCCGAAACAGUAUUCUGAUCCUAUUCCUUUAUAUGGUGGAAUGCAGGUGCACCAAGCUUUGGGGCCAAAUAGUAGUCGACCGCCAUUAUUGGUAUUCGCAGUCAUGGUGAAUCCAGAAAUUUUAAAGGCCAAUGGAAAAAAUGCAUCUAAUCCAACUGACCGUGAUGCUCUUGUCAGUCUUCUGUGUGACUUUGUUGAAGCCAUGAAUCCAGGUUUAGUGCUGGCGAGGAACCCAAUCAUUAUGAAAGACAGAGACAUUGCUGGGGAACUGAAAGAUGUUUGGCUAGCUGUACAGAAUAAGAGGGAACGCGAAAAGGGGUUGAACCAGGAUGUUAUGUAUAAGGUGUAUGACAUAGAUGGCAUAGGCAAUGAAGAAGUGAACGAAGAAGAGAAAAAUAACCAAGACUACGAUGGUACAUCACCCAAUAGGCAAAAUCAAGACAAGAAAUUUGUAAAAUCAUCGAAACAAAUACUCAUGAAUGCAGGACAGAAGUCAGAAUUCGAUUCCGGCAUGAACAAUUGUCAAUUGACUCAAAAUAGCACAAGCAAAGACAACAGAUGCGCCAAUACAGACUCAGAUACCACAUACUGUACAAAAUACGGACAAAUCGUCUCGAGCAGAGAAAACCACAAUCAAAUUAACGAUAUCCAACAGAAAAUAACAUCAAGCGAUACUAAGCCAUCUAGCUCAUUCAGGAAAGACUGGAAUUCUGUGCACGGGAAGACCUCACAGAAUUGGGACGAAUUCUCCAAACGAAGCAUCUCAGUCAAAGCGGAUGAUGCCAAAAAGCCAAAGCACAAAGCGAAGGAGCUAAAUGGUAAGGCACAUUAUGAUUUCUUCCCAGUCUUUGACAACAAAAUGAAUGAGGCAGCUAUCCAAGAGACCGGGAGCUUGAAGGAGAGUAUUAGCCAUGAAGACAAUUCUAACAUAAUUUUAGAUCCAAUGCAGAAACUAGUUUUGCAUUCGACUGAUAAUCAAAUUUGUGAUAAUAAGAGGGCUCGCUCAUUUAGUACAUAG